ACGCACCUUUGCACAGGCUAGGCCUUUGACAAGUGGGUGCUCCCAAAACCGUUACAGGCCUUUUAGAAUUCGUUCGCGACGAUGAAGUCAACCCAAGGCGCGAAGGGAAUGACCAAGCCGAGAAGCUCCGGGCCAGCCCGGACAGUAUCUUCUCGGGGGCAGCCAGCGUGCUCAGGAGGGGUUGUGCAACGGAGGCAACCACCGCAGUCCGACGUCUUUCCAGUCGCAGUGGGAGAGGAUGAUACUCCCCAUUGCGGAGAAGGAGACGAAGUGGAAGUUUAUGAAGACGAAGGAGAGUACGACGAAGAAGGCGAAGGAGAGGAAGAGGCAGGAGAUGAAGAGGAAGAAGAAGAGGAAGACGGAGAGGCAGGAGAAGGAGCAGACGACGAAGAAGGAGUCGAAGAAGAAGAAGAACCAGAGGACGAGGAAGAAGGAGAAGAAGACUCAAUCGAGGAGGAGGGUUGUUGGCUCAGAGAAUUCCUUGAGUCGCGUCCUGUUCGCGAUGACUUCAAGUUUUUCUUCUGGGCCGUGUACGUCACAACCAGUCUUGCCUAUCUUCACGUGAAGGUCAGCGGCAGCGGCAUUUAUUCAGAAAUUGGCGAAAUCUUAUUUGCGACCCACGUAACAGAGAAAUAUCUUUUGGGCGAGUUGUGGGUCGUCAUCAAAAAGAAGGUUGUGAAAUGUCUUCUGAAGGGAGACAAGUUAAUGCCCAUGAAGAUGACAAUCCAGAACAGGAAGCUUUUGGCAUUAAACAAGAUUGGCUGCAAGGUAACUGCAUCCAUCUUUGCCAACAUUUCCAAUGCAUGUUUCAUCAAUCUCAAUGGCCUAAAUGUUUGUCGUCGCAGUUGCGGGUCUAUCUUUUGAACUUGUUGUGGGCACGAUUGAUGUCAGCGUGUGACGCAGCUCUGUUUGUGUGUUCCAUUUUUCCGCUGCGAACAAACUGCCACUCCUAGC